CAGCAACAGCAGCAAAAAAGAAACCCACGUCAUUUAUGAGCAAGGCACGAGGAGUACAGGUGCAGACAUGAAAGUCAUCAGCCGUUUGUUGAUCAGGUGUGCUUUUGGAAGCCUGAGAACGUCCAUGGCUCUUCUGCUAAUGAUCCCCUUGCUUCUUGCUCUCGCCCAGCCAAUUGCAAGCCAAGCGUAUGUCAAUUCUUCUACAUAUAAUGACAACACUAGAUCACCUGCUGAUCGGACACAGGAGAGCCUAAGGCCUUCUCUUCCCACAGCCUGGACUGAUGUGUCUGAUCAAUUAAACGAUCAAGGACCUAAAACGGAAAAAGUAACAAACAGAAAUGCUUCUGUUGGAGACUACGAAGAAGAAAAGGCUAUUUUAAAUGGGCAACCUAAGGCUAAUACAGUGGAGGAGAUAUUAAUGAAACAUUCAAAAACAUACACGAAAGUUGACCUUACAACACAUUCUCUUUUACCAAACAACAGAACCAAAGGUGGACUCGGCCAAACCCAACAUACCACAAUGAGGCCUGUUACCAAAGUACCCACCCAAAAGACAGGAGGCUAUUCUGAAAAUGAAGCAACUACAUUUAUGUCCAUCAAACAACAUUUUGGUGAAACUACAAUAGCAGCUGCAGAUGCAGUCCACAAGAAAGCAAUUCCUGACACCAGUAAAGAAGACUUAAAGUCAGUGUCAGAGGUAUUACUCCCCACUGCAGUUAGCUUAGAUACGUCAUCGACUGACUCUGAUCAUACUGACGAAGCCCAAAUGUCUCAUACCUUUCUGACAACUGAGUCCACUACUCAUAUUAAAACUACUGUAGGCUUAGUGCUUCAGGCCAGAAUCUCUACUGCUACAGUGGCCAACAAUUUCCCAGGGGAUUCUCAUCGGAUGAAUAUGAGUGGAGCUGAUCUUGGAGCUAAGCAUACCACUGAAACCAGACAUCAAACAAAAGAAAGUCCAUCACUUAAUGAAAACACGACAGCUUUCCACACAAACCUGACUCAUUUCCAGUUGAAGACACCACCGCAAAGAAAAACCACAGCCAACCUGACAACACCACAGCCAAAAAGCACAACACAGCUAGCAAGCACAACAAAAAUAACCAAUCAGAAGUCAGAAGGAGCUGCAGCUCAAGCAGGAGAACCUACCACAAGAAGCCAACAAAGAGCAGAGAUCAAACCUUUAGAAAGCACAACAAAACAGCAGAGCACAGCAGAUACAACCACUUCUCAAAGCACAACUGUGUCCUUUCCUAUGGGUCGCGAAUAUGUACUACCAUCAGACAAUGAUGUAAGACAUGUAGAAAAAGAGCAUUCUCUAUCCUUUGGGAAUAUUCCUUCAGUUAAACCUGGAUCACACCCUCCUGCGGUGCCACCAUCAUGUGCCACUGGUGUUGGUCUUUGCUCCUCUUCUGAAGACCCACACAGUGAAAUUGCAACCUCAAACAGGACUUUGCUGGUGUGGGCUGAUCUAAGCCGCACACUGUCAUUUGCCUGGGAGCUGCACGUUUUUGGCUCUGCUGCCCUCUUUCUUCUUCUCACUGCUGGUUCUGCUUUAGGUUUAGCCCUGGCUCCCAGCAUGCACUGCCCUCACCGUGGGGCACUAGCACUUGCUAAUGGCCUCCUUCUUCUCACGGGUACAGUCCGAGCCAUUUACUUCCUGGUGGAUCCCUACGGUUCUCGUUUGGUCUUUCCGUUAUCAGUUGUCACAGCCCUGUUUACAUUACCAUUGCCGCUGUUAAUAUGGGUGCAUUCUGCAAUGGUGGUGUUGGUUCUAAAAGGGGCCGAGGUCGUUUUGCUGCCUCCACCUCUUCAGCAUCCACCUCUUCUGACUGUGAUGGCAAUUCUCCAAUGUACCUUACUGCUAGCUGCUGACCUUUUGUCACCUGCUCUGUCACCUGCUGUACCUGUUGUUCUUCAAAGCCUUACUUUGACUGCGGGAUUGAUACUGUGUCUGGUCUACAUUUUCCUGGUGCUUCCACGACUCUCCAAUAUCCAAGUAGACCAUACCAGGGAUAAAGGGCUCAGCAGGUCAAAGAUGAGAGUCCUGGCACGUGUGCUAGCAGGGUGUGCUCUUCUUGGGACACUAUGCUGUCUGUUGCAUGCUUAUACCUGCUUUUGGCUGUAUGGACUGCUAGGGGACUGGCGCCACUUUCGCUGGACUUGGUGGCUUGUUCAGUUCUGGGCACGUUUGCUUGAACUUACAUGGGCCUUCUGUCUUUUGCUGCUAAGUUCCUGGGUUUUCUGGAGACCACGAGGUGGCCAGAUGAGGAGAGCUUCAGGACAGGGAGUGAGUGCUGCAGGGAAUGACCUCACCUCACCUUGCUCAUCCUCUAAUUCUUCAGAAACACAUACUUGCUGGGCAAAGAUUGUGCAGAGCCUGAAGGGGAGGCCUUGUAGGAAAUCUGACAGUAAUGGAGUGGGAGGGGCCAGUGGUGCUGCAGUGGCAGGAGAGCUGCCCAACAACUGGGCUGGGCAGGAACGCUCAGGAGUGGACAUCAGCAAGAGCCUUAUAAGAAACCGGGACCCACCAAAAGAAAGUAACCGUGGACGGAACCAGAAUAGCAGUGAGGGCUCAUCUGGGUCGUUGUUAAGGUUGCAGGCGCUCAGUCGGCCACACCAGUGUUCUUUGAGCAGCAGUCUGGACCGGGAAAAAGAAUCAGCCAUCUCUCUUUACGACUUUGACUUGCGCCCUCCUUCUCCAAUUGACCUGACCCGCAGUAUAGAUGAGGCAUUGCACCGAGGACAUCUGUUCAGGGGUGGCAGCCUGUUCCAUCCUCUGGGACCCCCAUCACCACCUCCAUCACCUGAUACUUGGUUGCGCAGGAACAGUGAUCCUCAAAUUAUGCUCUCAGAGAGCAGUGAUGAGCACACGCUGCUGACUGAGUCCUCUCCUGGCUUAAACCGCUCUAUCCCCAGUGCUGUCCCAAGCCGGCAGGUAACAGCUCCUCCUACACCCACCCAUCAAGGCCCACGGUGGAUCUCUCAAGCUCCCGUGCCUUCCUCCAUAUCCUGCCCAAUCUCCCUGCACCCCUCCCCUAGUAUGGGUCGAGUCUUGAGCCCCAGCACAGACGAUACCAGACCAUUCCUCACCCCAGACCUAGAUAAGGUGGGGUCAGACAAUGGAGGGGAAAGGAGGUACCUGAAAGUCAGUCGACACGAUGACUCGGCGAGUGUCACUAGUGACAUAAUUGAUCUUUGAACCAACCUAAAUGGUGUGACCUAGGUAACAAACACCUGACAUUUUACCUGAAAGAUAAUAAGGACUAACUAUACUCUGGUGUGACCUAGGAUUAAAAAGAAAUAUCUGAUUGGACUUAAAUUUAGUAUAUGUUAGGUUUGCAUGCAGUAUGGAUUAUUUUUAUGAGUCACCUGUUUUAUUCUGGGGGUGUUUGUUUGUACCAUUUGUUUUGCUCACCUAUGUACAGUACAUAUGUAAGGUUGAGGAUCAAGAUGAAAACACAUCAUUAUCAUAGCCAAUUUAUGGAUAUGUUUUAUCUUUGUUAUUUAUAAAUAGGCUGGAAGUAUUAAUUUAGCAGGUCCGAACAGUUUCAAAACAUUUAUUUGCAAAUAUUAUCAGAUGGUUGUAAAUUUUAGGAUAUUUUGGAAAACUUUUUCAAAAAUUGGUUUAAACGUUAAUUGCAACUGACUGAAGUUCAGAGACUUAAGUUGAAUUGACAGUGACUGAAACACUUAGUCUAUGUUAUGAGAUUAUAAAUUGUGCCUAUAUAAUUAUUUUUAGAUGCAGCAAGCUGACUGAUACUAAAGUGAUAGUAGGAUACAUGAUGUACAAAUCUAAAUCAGAUAUUUUGUUGCAAAUGACACUUUGUCAGAAAUUUUUUGAAGAGACUUUUUUACUAGGAUUAUGUCGAAAAUGUUUUGUUUAGGUAUUUUGGAUUUUUUUCCCUUAACUGACUGAUAUGUUGUAUGCAGGAACUUGUGUCUUUGAUACGAAUAUAUAUGUUAGAGAUUUGUGCAUUGUUAGGAUAUUAGAGGGCAUGUUUAUAAAGAACAAGGUAAAGUGUUAUGAAGAGUUAAUAUUGUAAAAAAAAAAAAAGUCUGACCACUUGAUUCAUUGUAAAACAAACAUUCCAGUCUUAAUGCAAGACUCAUUUAACAAGUUAAUUGUAAAAAAAAAAAAUUUCAACAAGUGUUGUAAAAAUAUCAGUUAUUGUUUUUAAAGGGGCGAACCUGAGGCGUAUUGGUUAGCACUGUGGCAUUGUCCCUCCAGGGUCAAGGGUUUGAUUCCCGCUUCAGGGCUGUGUGCGUGGACUUAGCAUGCACUCACUGUGAUUGGCGGGUUUCCUUCGGGUACUCUGGUUUCCACACACAGUCUGAAGACAUGCAUAUUAGGUCAAUUGGUCCCAAAUUGCCUGUAGUGUGUGUAUGUGUGUGUAUGUGCCCUGUGAUGGAUUGGCACCCCGUCCAGGGUUUACCCCACCUCAUUCCCUAAGAGGCCUGGGAUUGGCUCCAGGCCACCACGACCCAGUACAGGAUAAGCAGUAUAGAAGAUGAAUGAAUAAAUUAAUUCAUGUUUUUAAUCAACCACACAGUGGCAUUAAUUGCAAAUGGCAUUAUGGCAUUUGGAUGUACAUAGAAUACAAUUCAGUAUGAGAGAAUAUAGAGAAAGUGUGCCAAACAUACACAUUGGAAAAAAAAAAAGAAAUAUGAUUUUAAUACUCCUAAUAAGAAAACACUAUUAUAUACUAAAGUAAAUAUUAACUAUUUAAUAGAGAAGAUUGUAAGAGGAAUAUAUUUUUUCACACUAUUCCUGCCUAUUUUUCACCCAUAUACAGUAUUUCAUAUAAUGGAUGCAUGAUUUCAUUUCUGACCUGCACUACAACCAAAAACAUAUGCUAGCAAAAAAGAAAAUACAUACAGUAUCUGGAUUAAAAAAAAAAAAAACUAAAUUUCUCUGUCACAAUGAAUAAAUGAUAUCUGAUGACACAAAGCUUACAAUAGACACUGGUCACUGUUAAAGUUCCAGUUUACACACUCUCCAUACCACUAUAAAACUGCAAUAGCGAAAAUAUUUUAGAAUUCAGGCAUUUUGCAAGAUUUAUGCCUUUUCCAGUCAUACAGGAUACUGUCACUUUAAAGUACAAUGUGGGGAAAGCACAAGGUUAUUACUUUGACCAUUUUAUUCAUACUUUCUGUUGAUCAUUAUAUUUCUUCACAAAAGCAAAAUGGCAUCAGCCUUUAUACAUACAGUAAUAAUGUAAACUAGUCUUUGAUUUUUACCAUAAACAAAACAAGUAAUAAUACAUUACAGAAUAUUCAGGCAGUGGCUACAGUCAGUGCAAAUGUGUCAUAUCAUGCUGUCUUCUAGUAUAAUUUCUGUUUUAUAAUUUUUUUGUCAGACAGUGCAUGUCUUACACAACAAAUCCGAGGUUAUAUGUAACAUAAUAGAAAUGUAAAUAUUGCUAUUUUUGUGGGUUGUAAAUAAGAAUAUGCCAUGUUAACAUGAAAUAUAUUUACUGUGAAUGACAAUCCUGCAUAGUGCAAGUGUAUUUCCAGGCACAGUAUAAUGAAUGGCAUUAAAGAGGCUCUUAUUUUUUUAGGUACAAAGGUAUAAAAGUAUAUAAUUAACUAUCUUAGUGAAAUUAAACGCAAACAUUUUUUUAAAUGGGAUGUAUCCCAAAAUAUAAUGCCGCUGCAUAAAAACGACGUCUUGCACUUAAAUUAUUUUCCUUGUAUUCAUGAAUCUUCCGGAACAAUGUUAAUAUUUCUCCUGUUCUUUUAAAUGAAAACCCUGGGAAGAUCACAACUGUGAAAAUAUAAUGACCAGCCUGAAUUUCUACGUUCUGGUCGAUGUGUGAUUGUGUAUCUGAAUGUACAUGCUCAAUUACCUGUUCAUUUUGUGCUGUCAUAUGAUCCAAUGAAGUGCCAUAAUGAUGUCUUGAACUCCCCCAUCCCACUCAUACUGGGUUGGCUUUUUUUUGUCUCUUAUUAAUCGUGGUGUUAUUUGUAUUCUAUGAAUUUUGUGCCCUAGUGCUGUAUACAUGUAUUUUAUGCCAGCAUGCUUAGGAAGCAAACCCGAUUCCAUAAUUUUCUUUGCAAACUGAAACAUGUUGUUUCUUAUUCACUAUAGUUAUGUGUUUUUGGGCUGAUGCUUCAUUAUGGUUUUAAUUAAAACUGAAAAGCAGUUUUUCUCUAUUUUUUUUUGUUGUAAAUUUUAACAAGACAUUCCUUUAUCAGUUUUAUCAAAAUUAUUUUUUAUUUUGUUCUUUUAAUAUUUAUCAAAUUGCUAAUUUCAGGACAAAAUUAAUUGAUUCUCCCUCUCCUUGACUUUAUCUAAAAUGUGUUCAAAUACAGUAAAAAAAAAAAGACAAGACUGAAAUUAAAUGAAUUAAUCACUUAAUGUUUCUAUUAAAAAGACUGAAGUGUACUGAUGGAUCAUCUGAGAGGUUACUCAUAGGAUAUAAGUUCAUGACAUCAAACUUAAUGUAUCAUCUGAUUUCAUUUCUUUUAGCAAUACUACACAUCUCUCGUCUAGUGUUGCUAAGCAACGAUAUAACAAUACAGUAAAAACUGAUGAGUAUUGACGUUCAUAACAAACACAACAGCAUGACUUUAAGUGUUUAGUUGGCUGUUUGAUAGAUCAAACGCAAUGUUAACUUUUGAUUUGCUGUACUGACCACUCAAAGUGGUGUCCAGAUAGACAUACAGUAUGCUGUAGCAUAAACCCUCAUCUUCUGUUAAUUAUAGUAAUGGUACUGCCAGUGUUUAUAGAACGCCCAUUUAAGUCAUUGUUGUAAUGCAAAUCUUGACAUUUUAGAUCUGUAAACAAUCUGUAUCUCAUUCCAUUAUAUUUGUGAAUAAAAAUCAAACAAUCAUGGGUCAUACGCACCAAA